UGACCGUGCUGCACUGUACAAUGGCUAGUAAAGGAGGAGUAUUGGAGGACUACGAGUGGGAGCGGCUGCCUGACAUGGCUACUCCACGCUGCUACUCUGUGGCUGCCUAUCACGAGGGCAAGCUCUAUGUGCUGGGUGGCUGUGAGAAAGAAGGUAAACCCAUCAAUGAGGCUGAGGUGUAUAGCUUUGCUGACAAGAAGUGGACGGCUCUCCCCCCUAUGCCACGAAACAGGGCCGCCUGUACCAAAGCAAUAGUCCGUGAGAACAAGAUCUAUCUUGUAGGUGGAGUCACAGACAAGCAGGCCACAGUGCCGGAAGUGGACUGUUUCGAUAUCGACUCACAGAAGUGGUCGCAGAUAGCCCCCCUCCCCAAGGGUGUGGUCGGCCCUUACAUCGCUCUAGUCGACGACAAGAUCUACGUUUUGGGAGGGACCGACAAGAUUGAUUGCAAUCAGAGCGUAGCAUACGAUUUCGAUCGAGGAGUGUGGCUAGCUCUCCCUGAUAAGCCCACCUCCUGUUAUUCGUGUGGUGGCUACGUACACGAUCGAAAAGUGUAUGUUGUUGGCGGACGUGAUGGCAAGAAACCUGUUCAAGCGAUGGAAAUGUUUGAUCUGGACACACAACAGUGGGAGGAGCUAACUCCGAUGGUGUCCGUGCGUGUCUUCUAUAAUGUGAUAGGUAUUAAAGACGAGAUUUACGUGGUGGGUGGUCUCGUUCCUUUGGUGGGGGUGUGCAAAGUGGUCGAGAAAUACAGUAUCCAUGACGAUAUGUGGUCACGCGUGAAGGAUAUGCAAGAGAUACGUUCUGACGCUGGUUACGGUGUUGUUGGCGGUCGACUUGUGGUUGCCGGGGGCCUAGGGGGUGACAAGUUGCGACCAAUGAACACUAGCGAGGCCUUUCGUUACCAAGGGAAACGAUUCCACUCAUUGCCACCGCUCGUAACAGAGAGGUCGUCAAUGACAAGUUUGAUGUUUGACGGUCGUCUAGCUGUGUUGAACGGAGUGGGAGAGGGCGGAGUUCAAGCUAUAGUGGAGGUGCUCUGCAAGAAAUGAUCUAUAAGUAAUCGAUUGAUAGGAGUUGCUUUUUUGUUAAUUUUCUAGUAUGCACUAUAAAAUUAUGUAUAAAACAUUAUAAAUUAUGUUUGAUCUAUAAUUAGUUAAUAAUUAUUGUCAGUCAAUUUAUUUGUGAAGCCACACCCUAUGCACUCUUAUAACGUAGAUUUGUCUUGUGUACAUACAUAAUUAUAUAGUUUCUCAGCACUUCAGCAGGAGUACUCCUGCUUUUAUGUAAGUAUGAGUACGAUGUUGGCAAAAAUGAAUACGAUUAUGGAUGGACUUUAA